ACAAAUAGAUAGAUGGCUGACAGUGGAAAGAAGGAGAAGAAGAAGCUGGGUGGGAUGAAGACCAUGCCUUUUAUAUUAUCAAAUGAAGUGUGUGACCGGUUUGCGACGGCGGGAUUCAAUGCAAAUAUGGUGAACUAUCUGAGGAACGAGCUGCACGUACCGUUGCUUCAGGCCACCAACACCCUCAACAACUUCGCGGGAACCGCCAGCUUGACCCCUAUCGUCGGUGCCCUCAUCGCAGACUCAUUUGCCGGUCGCUUCUGGACCAUCGCCGUCGGAGCCACAUUGUAUCAACUGGGAAUGCUGGGCGUGACCAUAUCUGCAAUCCUCCCGUCCCUCCGGCCGCCGCCAUGCUCCCCCGAUUUUCCAUCCACUUGCCAGGAAGCUGCCCCAUGGCAGCAAGCAAUAUUCUACUUGUCCCUUAUGCUCACAGCAGUUGGGUCCGGCGGGACGCGGCCAUGCGUCGUGGCAUUCGGUGCGGAACAGUUGGAGGAAAAUGACAAAUCUGGUCGAAAAUCUGGGAGCGAAGAGUCGUCGGGGAAGGGCAAGCCGAGCUUCUUCAACAUAUACUUCUUCUGCAUCGGACUAUCGGUCAUGCUCGCCCUCACCGUGGUGGUUUAUGUUCAGGACAAUGUGGGAUGGGGGAUUGGCUUUGGAAUCCCUACUGUCUCCAUGUUCAUCUCCAUCCUUGUAUUCAUCUUCGGCUACCCGAUUUACAUACGAAGGAAGCCCGGCGGGAGCCCGAUGGCCCGGGUGGCACAAGUGGUGGCCGCCGCCCUGAGAAAGCGGAAGCUCGUCGUGCCCACUGAUGGUAGUGUUUUGUAUCAGAACAGGGAGCUGGACGCUGAUAUUUCUACUGUGGGUCUGCUAGCCCACACCAAGCAAUUCAAGUUUUUGGACCGGGCGGCCAUCGUUGCCGACGGCGACAUAGAUGAGAGCAGCAAUCGUCCCAUUCCAUGGCGGCUUUCGACUGUACACAGAGUGGAGGAGCUGAAGUCCAUAUUGGGAAUCCUUCCAAUCUGGUCGGCCGGAAUCUUCAUCUCCACCGCCACCUCUAAUAACUACACCUUUGGCUUAGUUCAGGCCAAAUCAAUGGACCGCCAGCUCGCCAGUGGCUUUAGCAUUCCGCCAGCCAGCUUCUUCAUCUUCUCCUCCGCCUCCAUGCUCCUCACACUUACCCUCUAUGACCGUGUAAUUGUUCCCCUAGCCCGCCGCCUCACAGGGAACCCAGAAGGAAUCUCCCAGCUCCGCCGAAUCGGCAUGGGCCUCGCCAUUGCUGUCCUCUCUAAUGUCUCCGCCGCACUGAUUGAGAACCGCCGGCGCUGCGCUGCGGGUCAUAUCAGUGCGUUCUGGCUGGUGCCGCAGUGCAUGGUGCACGGCGUAAGUGAGGGGUUCGCUUCAGUGGGGCUGAUGGAGUUUCUUUACAAGCAGUCGCCAGAGAGCAUGAGAAGCAUUGCGGCGGCUCUUUUCUGGCUGUCGAUAUCGUUGGGGCACUAUGGAGGAACGUUUCUGGUGACGAUGGUGAGCGACCUAACAAAAAGAUCGGGAGAAGGGGGUUGGCUACAGGAUGACAUUAAUGAGGGCAGAUUGGAUUACUACUACUGGUUGGUGGUUGGGAUGCAGGUUUUCAACUUGGUUUACUUUAUUAUUUGUGCUAAAUCUUAUGUUUUUAAGAGAUUGGAAGUGGAGGAGGAGGGUGAUGCUAAGCUCCACCUUGGCGAUGAAGAUGACCAUGAAGAUCACCCUCACGUGCAUGCUGCUGUAGUCUAGGACCAUUUGUUCUAACUCAACACAUUUUUUCCCCAUUUUUCCCUCUAUAUUGUAAUUAUUCUUUCUAUUUACUUGUAUUGUUGAGAAUUUUUUUUUUCAAUAUA